CGACCCAAUCUAGUUUUUGCUCUGCUUCAGAGAGAAGAGUUCUCGAAGAGAAACCCAGAAGCAGAAGAAAGAAAGAGCACCAGUUUUGCUUAAGCCGGGGAUCAUUUCUACCUGCUGUUCUUCUUGCGUGACUGGUAUGGCGAGGAACGGCGUCGGCGCGUGGCGGAGGAGGUCGACGGACCAGUUCGAUGGUAGCCACUCGUCUCCGUGCGGUUCCGAGGAGGUCCACGUCCUCGCCGUCGAUGACAACCUCGUCGAUCAGAAAGUCAUCGAGCGGUUAUUCAAAAUCCUUUCCUGUAAAGUUACAGCAGUGGAUAGUGGAAUCAGAGCUCUUCAAUUUCUUGGCCUGGAUGAGGAGAAAACGGCUGGAAAUCUUAAUGGGUUGAAGGUGGAUUUGAUAAUCACAGAUUAUUGUAUGCCCGGAAUGACUGGUUACGAGCUCCUCAAGAAAAUCAAGGAAUCCUCUGCUCUGAGGGAUAUUCCGGUGGUGAUCAUGUCGUCCGAGAACGUCUUGGCACGAAUCGACAGGUGUAUGGCGGAAGGUGCGGAGGAUUUCAUCGGGAAGCCAGUGAAACUGUCGGACGUGAAGCGGUUGAAGGAUUUCAUGACGAGAGACGUCGUGGAUAGAGUGAGGAGCGACGGGGGAGGCACGACCCAGACGAGGACGCGGCAGGAGAUCUUCAACGUCUCUUCAUCCUCGUCUUCCGUCUUUUCCGCACCGUCAUCGUCCUCCGGGCCGACCACGCCAUCUCGGCCGCCGCCACUGUCGGUUUCUUCGUCCAAGCCGAUGAUUGAGGAGAGUCACCGACAUUUGAAUUGUAUCGAAGAAGGAGACCAACAAGAAUCUAGCGCAAAGUGUAUUUUGGCUUGUUCCCAGAGAUGAGCAGCUCGCAAUUGCAUUCGCAAAUACCAUCGAAAGAACUUAGCGUCAUCAGAGAGGAAAGCUCUAAACCGAGGAGAUUUCUCAGACCGAACAUGCUCCGAAGCGAAGUCCUCGUGAAUCGAAAGAUUUUCCGGUGGAGGAUGACGAAAACAGCAAUCGAAAAAUUGAGGAACGUGCAUGGAUUUCAAACAUGG